AUGAAGGAAAAGUCCAAGAAUGCGGCGAAGACGAGACGGGAAAAGGAAAAUGGAGAAUUUUAUGAACUGGCGAAAUUAUUGCCAUUGCCCUCGGCAAUCACCUCGCAACUGGAUAAAGCUUCCAUCAUCCGCCUAACCACCAGUUACCUGAAGAUGAGGGCCGUGUUUCCCGAGGGUCUCGGAGAGGCGUGGGGGCAGCCCUCUCGAAUCAGCCCAUUGGACAACAUGGCCAAAGAACUGGGAUCCCACCUGCUCCAGACUCUGGAUGGCUUUGUGUUUGUGGUUGCCUCAGAUGGUAAAAUCAUGUACAUCUCAGAGACUGCCUCUGUCCAUCUGGGUUUAUCACAGGUGGAGCUGACCGGGAACAGCAUCUUCGAGUACAUCCAUCCAUCGGAUCAUGACGAGAUGACGGCAGUACUGACUGCCCAUCAGCCCCUCCACCCUCACUUCCUGCAAGAGUAUGAGAUGGAGCGCUCCUUCUUUCUGAGGAUGAAGUGUGUGCUGGCCAAGCGGAACGCCGGUCUGACAUGUGGAGGCUAUAAGGUGAUCCACUGCAGUGGGUAUCUGAAGAUCCGACAGUACGUGAUGGACAUGGCGCUGUAUGACUCCUGCUACCAGAUCGUGGGGCUGGUGGCAGUGGGCCACUCACUGCCCCCCAGCGGCAUCACCGAGAUAAAGUUGCAUAGCAACAUGUUCAUGUUCCGUGCCAGCCUGGACCUCAAGCUUAUCUUCCUGGACUCACGGGUGGCUGAGCUGACAGGCUACGAGCCCCAGGAUCUGAUAGAGAAAACCCUGUAUCACCAUGUCCACGGCUGUGACGUGUUCCACCUGAGAUAUGCCCAUCACCUGCUACUCGUGAAAGGCCAGGUCACCACCAAGUACUACCGUCUGCUGUCCAAGCAUGGGGGCUGGGUGUGGGUGCAGAGCUACGCCACCAUCGUGCACAACAGCCGCUCCUCACGACCGCACUGCAUUGUCAGCGUCAACUAUGUCCUAACGGAGAUUGAGUACAAAGACCUGCAGCUCUCCCAAGACCAGACCAGAGCUGCCAAGCCAGGCCUCGCCUUCAAGACCACACUCACUUCCUCUCAGGACUCCCGCAAGCAACUCAAAGCCAAAGCAGUCAAGAUCAAAACCAAACUCAAAUCUGCUCCCUACCCCCAGGCGAACAGUUCCUUUCAUCCAGACAAAAUGGAGUGCUCAUCUCAGGCUUUGAGCUGGAAGGAGAGCCCACCGUACAGCCUGACCCCCUGCCAGGAGGCAGGGGCCAUGCCGGAUGGCGGCGAGGUGCUGUGCGGGGCGCCCUACGGGCUGGCCUUCCCCUUCCCUUACGGACACUUCCCCGCGGACUCCCCCACGCUGGUCGGGAGGAAGCUGCGGCCGCCCCAGGGCUCACCCUGCCAGGCUGCGCGCCAGCUCUUGAGCUCCCUGCAGGCCCGGGGCGAGGGCCGCUGGAGCGGUGCCAACCCCUGCUCCGCCCGCCCCUCCAGGCCCCUGCACGGCCAUGGCCUCAGCACCUCCCCACUCCCCUGCGCCGCCACAUAUCCAGCAUCUCCAACCGCAGGGCCUACAGCCAGCAGAAGAUACGCCAGCGAAUCGGCGCAUGAGGGCUUUUCCAUCUGCUCAACCUCCAGACCUAACAGCAGGUUCAAGGAAGAACCUUACGAACAUAACACGGUUGGCCAGACCAAGACAGAGGCCAGGCUGCACACUCCUCAACAGGUCAUGAAAGAAGACAGCAAGAUGCAGUUCAUCCGAGACCCCAAAGACUCCCUGGGCUGCGUGGAGAAGCCCCUCCCCGGACCCCUGGCCAGCCCCCCGCUGAGCAAGGCCAGCUGCGAGCACCCCAGGCCCCUCCACAGCCUCAGCCAGCACUUGCCCAUGCAGGUGGUGCUGGAGCAGAGGCGGAGGCUCUGCAUGGUGGAGUCUCAGUACGCACACCUGGCCGAACACGCCGCCCUGGAGCAGAUGGAUAACAACGGGGAGCGCGGGGCCCCCAGGUUGACGGAGCAGGGGGGCGAGGAGGAGCAGAGGAUGUUCAUGGGACAGGCCCCUUACGUGUCUCUCAACUUCCACCACGUCCUUGCCAAGCACGGCUCCUUCCAGGCACCGCCAUAUGCACUGGCGGGCCAUUUAACGGACAAUUACGGCUACAGGGGGGAAGAGGUGAACCCCUACAUCUACAAAAGCCAAAGCCCUGCCUCCAGUUCGUCACCAGAGACUCAUAGAGAAAUCCCCCACUACAUUGGCACGUCUGUUAUCAUCACCAAUGAGAGGUGACACGCUCCAGGUGUCACAAGUGGGCUGAGAGGAGUCACCUGACCCUCCCAUG